CGCAGCACCAGUGCGCUCUGGUAAAGACUGUGGCUCCCACUGCAGACAGAUGAGGUGGGAUCACUGGGAACACAGCUGCAGUUAAGCAUCGCCACAGGGUUCACAAACCACCAGAAGUGUGCAACUCUUCUACUCCAGAUGUUUUCCACGGCUCUCCUCCUGGCAGCGCUCGGCGUUUUUGCACAUCUGGACACUUUUACUCACGGCUGCCAGCUGCCUUCGGAGUGGCGGCCGCUGAGCGAGGGCUGCCGGGCCGAGCUGGCGGAGAUCAUCGUGUAUGCCCGGGUCCUGGCCAUCCACCGGGAGCCCCUGGGCAGCCUGUACAACUCGCUGCCCUUCGGCUUCGGGUAUGGGUACGAGGGUGCGGAGGAAGGGCUGCUGUACUCCGCAGAGGUGGAGCUGCUGUGCGAUCAGGCCUGGGGCAGCAUGCUGGAGGUGCCCUCGGGAUCAAGGCUCAACCUGACUGGACUGGGGUACCUGUCCUGCCAGUCCCACACCGUGAUGGAGAACUACUCCUAUUUCUUCUUCCUCAGGAUGGAUGAGAACUACAACCUCCUGCCCCAUGGUGUCAACUUCCAGGACGCCAUCUUCCCCGACACGUCCGACAACAGGCGCAUGUUCUCCAGCCUCUUCCAGUUCUCCAACUGCACCCAAGGGAGCCAACCUUUCCACACCUUCAGCCCAGAGUGGGACACACAGGAGGACAGCAGGCUGCUGUGCUCCUCGGUGCAGGCCGCGCUGUUCGAGGAGGAGGAGCGGAGCCGCAAGGUGCAGGAGCGGCUGGCCGCGGCAGAGAGGAGGAACCGGCAGCUGAAGGAGCGCGUUCGCAAGGUGAAGCGCUCCCUGAGGAACGCCCGCAAGGCCGCGCGCAAGGCCGAGCAGGAGGCGCGGGGGCUGCAGGAGAGGCUGGAGGCCGUGGAGAGGAGGGUGGGGCAUCACAUCAACGCCAUCACGCAGGAGGAGCCUCCGCCCGGGCGGUACCCGAGCACGACGAUACGCAAGAGAAUGCAACUUUAACUUUAUACCCGCCCCCAAACUGCCACCCAACUGGACUGAAAACUGGCCAAUGAGAGUGAGAGACUGCUGGGCGGUCUCCAUGUAAGGGGCAAAGAAAUAGCAACUGUCACAUAUGUGUAAACACACUUUUAUUAAGUAAUAAUUGACAUAGUUUUCUACUCUCUUCUCUCUUUUGUAUCCCUCAUUGCUAUAUUACAAUAUGGCCGGGACUGUUCCUGGUCACCUGACACAAGAUUUUUUUCAUGUAUCGUCUCCGUGAUUACUCUCACAGGUGGAGCAGCACUGUAGCUCUGUAGCCUUCUACAACUGGAUUCAGUUGCUGCUCUGCACUCAUCUAAGGCCGUGAUCACGUAGGAUGCGUUUUGUUUUUGGUCCAACACAAAGCACAGCUCUGAGCGACUGUAGUGACAGAAACAGAAGGAGAGCAAAGAGUCUGUCUGGCUUUUACCCAGUCUGAGAUAAUAAAUAACAUACAAAUAUGACAAAAGAAAGUCAUGUAUGGGUCCAUUUUUGCUGACUAAGAGUUUUGUUAAAGGGCCACUCCACCUAUUUUACAAGUCAAGUCAGAUGGAGAACUACUCAGCCUAUGAAAACAAUCGUAUAAUAUAUUUUGUGGCUCUUUGUCAAGUUUUAAAAGAUAUGUCAUUUGGGUUAUCUUGGUAUGGGUUUGAAUAAAAUUGAACAGAAAUCCUCUCAACAGAAAAUGUUUCACAUUGUGGAUAAAGAAGUUUAAAAGACAUCCAGGUAGGAGGAGGCGUUCGGCAACGCUGGACACAGCGUUGAUGCUAUUAGAUGAAAUAGAAACAUUAAAGUUGCAGGCCAAUAAACAAACAAAACAAUGAGCUGAAAGAUGCUAAAGUAGGAUUUAGAGUUAGGUGAUAAUUCUCAGAGGUUUCAUCACUAUAAGAAACCCCUUCCACGAUACACUAAUUUGACCCAUCGUUAAUAAGGAAAUAUUGAUUAUAGCAGCUUUAAGUAUUUGAAAGACUUAUACUCACAAUUUAAGUCUUUUAGGUUAUGCAGCUUUUUGCAUCCAAAAAAACCCAAACUGAACUUAAUAAAAUUCCAAAAUGCUUUCCAUGUCAUCACGGCCUGGUGAAGUAGUGAUAUUAAACAUUACAUUUCAUUUUAAUGAUGUUAUUGACUUUGGACCAACAUAAGUGAUGUAUCUGAGAAUGAGAACUCUGGGAUGUUGAGAAGGUUCAUUUAUUAUUUACCUAAUUUUAGUUUUUUGAAGCAUUGGCUUGUAUGUGGAUAUUUUUGUACAAAUGUUUACUGCUUAUAACAUUUUACUUGGAUGAACAUCAGUGUGAAAUUGGCAAUGUUUUGAGGGAGACUAUGAACAUCUGUGUGUGAACACUGGAGCACCAAAAAACUAAUAUCGACACACACUUGGCGGGUCUGUUAAACCCUGCAGCAUCACACAGAGAGUGUAAAGAGAGGUUAAG